AUGGGUACCACCGUCGUCCGGACCUCACAGCCGAAAAGUUUGUGUCCCUACCAGGUGCUGUUCGGGCUUUCCAGAGUGGUGAAGAUCCGUGGCUUUCGCCUGGAGCUGGGCGAAGUGGAGACGGUCCUCGAAAGGCAUCCGGAGGUAGAUGCAGCUGUUGCAUUGCUUCUGGACUGUGAUGAAGGCCCGGAGCUUUGUGCCUUUGUAACGAAGAAGAGCCAAGCUACGCGAGCGACGGAGCGGGGCGCACUACGUGGCGCCCUUCGGCGGCACGUGGCGGAAGCGCUCCCGAGCUACGCCCGGCCGCAGCGCCUGGCAGUGAUGGAGUCUUUCCCUUUGCUGCCGAGUGGCAAAGUGGAUCGACGGAGCUUGCAGCAAGGCCCGCGGCCUCCACCGCUGGCGGAAGCGGCCGAGGGAACCAUACACGAGUCUUUGGACGAGAUUGAUUGGCAAAGCCCCAGUCACGAGGAGGAGGCAGCCUUGCGGCAAGCUGUGGCGGAUCUCUUGGCCAUGGUGACCGGUGUCGUCCUUGAGGACACUGAGCCACUGGGUGCCUUGGGAAUCGACUCCAUGAGUGCCAUCCCCUUGGCCGAGCUGCUUUCCGCCCAGCUCCUCCAAAACGCUGAGCUGCCUCUGGAGGACCUCUAUGUCUACAAUACACUGCAAAGUCUUUGCGGCUACUUGAAAGGCCGCUUGGCAGAGAUGCCGAAGAAGCCGCCUGGCGGGGGUGGGACAAGUACAAAGAAAAGCGGGAAGACGUCUGGAAAGGCAUCUUAUGCCGAGCUGAAGAAAAGUCGACAGCCGAAGGGCGAGACAGACGGCACGAAGACGGCGAAGAUGGUGCCUGGAUUGGAGGCCUGUCGUGCUGGAGAUGUGGCCAAGUUGAAAGAGUUGCUCUUGGAUGGCUCAUUCCACGUGACCACGCUGGACCGCUUCGGCGGAAGUGGCCUCCACUGGGCCGCCAGUGCUGGGCAUCUCGAGGUUUGUCAUUUGCUGGUGAAGCAUCAGGCUUUGGUGGACUUUGCAGACAAGAAAUCUGGGCGAACGGCUUUGCACUGGGCCUCCAGGCAAGGGCAUCUCGAAGUGGUGCAAUGGUUACUUGAACAUCAAGUUCCAGUCGACCUCCAAACCAAGGACGAGACCACACCGUUUCAGCUUGCAGCUUGGGGUGGACAUGUGCACGUUUGCCAGUGGUUGCUUUUGCAAAAGGCCAACCUGAAUCAUCGCAAUUCUUGGUAUUGCUUGGCCCAUCACUUCGCAGCCUUAGCAGGAAUGACUGAAUGCUGCAAAUGGCUUCAAGAGCAGCGGGUUGACCUGGGUGCCACCAACAACCAAGGCCACAAUGCUUUGCACAAAGCUGCAUACGGUGGCCACGCAGAGCUUUGCAAGUGGCUCCAGGACGAGGCAACUUUAGAUCCUGAACAGCCAGAUGCCAGGGGCCAAAGCUGCUUUGCAUUGGCAAGGAAGGCUGGAUUCCAGGAUUUGAUUGAUCAAGGAUGGCUUCGCAAAAAUUUACAAAUAAUAUAA